ACCCUGAAAUUUUUUUAUUAUUAUUAAAUAUUUAUAUACAUACUUAACUGGCAUUUCUGCUUUUCAUAUAUACUUGUUAAGGUCCAAAUUUUUAGGAAAUAUUGAAGACAAUUUAUAUGCAUAAAACAUUAAGUAAAUAGUGAAGCUGUUUGGACAGCUAAAAAGGGUUACUCUGCCACUUUAAUUUGUCGAUUAACAUUGAAGACAUGCGUUUUUCGGUGACUUCGAAGAAAAAUGAAAACAUCAACCUUGCCUGUUGUUUACUUACUUACCUGUUACAGACAGACUCACAGUCUUUGUAUUAUUAUAUAGAUAGACUAGACAAUAAGGGUUUAAAAUUUUUGCUAACAUUAGCAAAAGCAUUGUUUAUUUUCAAAUUUCGGGGUUGUGUUUUUCUUCGUAUUUUCAUAUUUUUUGUGUAUUUAUUUUAGCUUGAACCUUGUUUGAUGCAAAAAGUUCCAUACAUUUCUAUCAGGAUUUUUUGUCAUCCCGCGAAAACUUAGCACUUGUGUCCCUUCAAUGAACGGUUACCAAUAUUUAUUUUUAAAGGUUAUUUGAUCACGUCAUCAAACCCUCUGUUCCGUAGCAGCGUAUUGACCAAGCUUUAGAAAAUUGUCUUAUUUUAAUCCCAGAUGGUACCUAGUUACCCAGGCUGGAGAUGAAGUCAGUUAUUUCCACCCAAAAUAUUUAGCCUUACACUUUAAAGAUCUCUGGUGGUUACUUAAAAAUACUACUAGUUACUCUUGGCUCCUACUUUUAAUAUCCUUUUUAUAACAGAGUAAUAAGAAAAUAACAUCUUUGAUAAUUUAUCUGAAGAAGUACAAGUAAUUGCUCAGGACUCAACAACAAUAUUUUAAGAUAAAAAAAAUGCUUUUAUUAUAUAUCUGCAUAAUUUUUUUAAUUCAAAAGUUUUUAGGUUGGCUGUAGUACAAAUAAUCAUGUCUGCUCGUAUUUUGAGAACAAGAAGUGGAAGAGAACUCAGAAGAUUGGAGCCAGUACCUAAAAAAUUAAAAACAUUAGCAAAUAACAAGGUCAGUGUUGAAAAAAAUGAAGAGAAGAAAGACCAAAAUAAAAUAGUAGAAACUGAUAUUAACCUUAAUUCAACACCAGAUAUUAAAGAAGAAGUUCCAAAUGCAAAACGUAAGAGGGGAAGGCCUCGAAACCCUGAUUCAGCAAAUAAUAAGGUACCAAAAACAGAUGUUGUAGACAAUGUUAAGAAAAAGAAAGUUGAAAAAGUUGAGGAAAAUAACCAACAAGAAGAUAAAGCAGAGCCAUCAAGGCGAAAACCUCGGAUUGCUAGUUUGAACGCAAUGGCGAAAGUUAACGCUGUCUUAGAUAAUUACAGACCGCAAUCAAAAAAAGAUAUUCUUGCUGUGAUACAAGAGAUAGACAAGAAGUGCGAUGAAGAAAAUCAAAAGCUGCAAUUUGAGCAAAUCUUGGAGGAAAAAAUAGAGGAAGAUGUAUUUGAAGAAAUUCAAGAAGACAAGAAAAAAGAAGAAGUUGUAAUUGAAAAAAAUGAUAAAAGUGAUAAAAAUGGAGAAGAAAUAACUCGAGAAAGUGAUGACAUUUGUGAACAGAUUAAAUUGGCUAUCAUGGAAGACAAAGAGAUACAAACGGAAGUCAUUCAUAAAUCUGUGCAAACCGACAUGACUAACUUUCGAUCAAAUAACACCACGUUGUGUACUUGUCAGAAAAAAACAAAUGGUGAAAUACUUUCAUAUUAUUCCCCACAACUUUCUUACAAAGAAUAUCUUAGAGACCCUAUACAUAUUAAAAGUUCUGUGCUUGCUCGUGCACAAACUCAUUCAAUUGCGGUUCCUGUGCUUAAGCGACAUAUAUUAUGGAACAAGAGUAAUGAUUUUAUAGAACAUGUAGACAUGACAAGCAAUAUAACUUGCCUGGUGGACAGUUGCAUUGGCAAUACAUUAAUGAAAAACACUUUACCUUGUUCCAAACUAAUGUAUAUUGCAUCGUACAAAGAAAAAAGCACAGAAGAUCAAGAAUUAAACGAUUUCAAAAAUGUUAGUCAUAAGAAAAAUAGCAAAAAACAAACAGGUCUGCUUGUGCCUUCAUUAAACUAUGCACCCAUUUCAGUACCCAACUCUGCGUAUCAUGGUGGUAAAAGUCAACACGACAGCAGCGUGUCAGGGAAUGUGUAUAAGAAACAAAAAGUAAAACCUUUUGAAAAAUCUAAGAAAUGCAAUGGUUGGCAGUUUGAAGGAGAACCAAUUGAAGUCAUUUCAAAACCAGGUAGUGGUGUGCGAAAGCUGUACCAAGGUGUGUCAAGGAACAACAACAGCAUACAACUUCAUGAUGCUGUUAUUUUAAAGUCAGGAUUGGGAAAAACUGAUGCUGAUUUUGUUGCAAGGAUAGCUUCAUUUUGGGAAGAUUCAGAAGGUCAGCAUGCAGGUGAAAUGAUGAUGUCUGUACUGUGGUAUUACAAACCGGAACAGACCAACAGUAAGCUAAAUGAGGUGAAAGGAGAACAAAGAGAAGUAUUUGCGUCACGUCACAAGGACGACAAUAGUGUCGCUUGUAUCAUUGACAAAUGUUACGUCGUCUCUUUCCCACAAUACUGUCGGUUUCGCGCACAACAACUUAUCUGUCACGAAAAAAGAAAACGAAAGCAAAUCGUUGUCACGGAAACUAAAAACAACAGAUCUCGUUUCAUACCAAGUCCUGACGUUGGACUUCCCAUUGUUUAUUUCUGCAGAUAUGGUUACGAUCACCGAAGUGGAAAAACAGUAAAAAAUUAUUAAAUUGGGAUGCUGUUUAUUAUUAGGUGCUAUAAUUAUUUUAUACCAAUUUGCUUGUUCCCUGGGAACAUCCAAGAGUACUGGGACCCAGUACUCUUGGAUGUUUUUAUGGACUGUGUGUAGCGCUGUUAUUAGACGCAAAAAGAUUUUCAUUGCCCUGAAACUUUUUCGAAUAAAACUAGCACAGGUUAUAUUAAAAAUACAUUACUUUGAGAUAAAUAGUUGUCGAAGAAUAUUUUGUGUCUGUUCUGUGUAAAAUUUCCAUAUUUAUUGUAAACUUUCUUCAAAUUUUGUGAAAAACCAUAAAUUUGCGUAAACAAUGGGUUGGGUAUUUUGUGCAAAACAACGAAAUUUUGGAAGAAAAUGUCUUUCUUUUCUAUUUUGUUCAUGUCGUGAAAUUUUAAAAAUAUGUUGUUGUUUUUUUCUUAUAAUUAUUUCUGCGUUGAUCUGUAUAAUUAAGUGUCGUUCAGAUAUACUUAGGUACUUUUAUGAAAAUUUUUGAAACCACCAGUUCAUACUCUUAUAAUCUUUUGUAUGGUAUUUGCCGUCGUCGUCGUCGUUGUGGUUGUCAUUUUUGUCGUCAUCGUUGUUUCGGAUGUUUUUUGUCGUCAUCUUUUUUAUUUUGUCGUUGUUAUUAUCGUUGUCAUAGUUGCUGUCGUCAUCGUUACUAUGUUGUUUUUUUCGUCUCCGUAUAUAUGUGUUGGCACAAAUAUGGAUAAAUAUUUAUUUCUAGGGUUUGAUAAUAACAAAGUAUAAAAAAUGUAAUUAUAUGCA